UUAAUGGAACUGCUCAUUUGCUACCUGCAAAAUGGGGGAUCUGAACUGCUUUUGAUCAGUGUUGGGGAUGGUUCCUCCAUUGGUGAGGAUGACUUUGACACUGGUCGUGGAUUCACAGAUAAAGUAGAUCGACUAAAACUGGCAGAAAUUGUGAAGCAGGUGAUAGAAGAGCAGACCACGUCCCAUGAAUCCCAAUAAUGACAGCUUCAGACUUUGUUUUUUUACAAUUUAAAAAAUUAUUCUUUAAUGUGUAAAGUAAUUUUUAUGUAAAUUAAUAAAUCAUUUCAUUUUUCACAUUGCUUAAAGAUGCUGUAUAGAUUUAGAUACAGUAUUUACUAAUAGUAUAGUUUAUUUGUUUUUAAGCUCAGUUCCUAGAGAUAUGCUAUUACUUUAGGACUGUUUAGUAAUAUGUUUGUAAGAUGACAUGAUAUUGUGAAGCAAGAUUGUUUUAUUUGUAAUAAAGUAUACAAAAACCACUGGCCAGCGGUAGACAAAGGACCAACUAUACUGAUCUUUCUGCUUAGUAAACAGUUGAAUCAAAUAUUGUGGAAUUUGGUUUCAAUUGCCCUGUGUAUUUACUUUCUGCACUAUUGGUAGAUUAGCUCUGGUGCCAAGAAAUUUUUGUGGAUCCACGUUGCAGACUGCCUGCUGAAAUUCAAAGGAUGCCAACUCCCAUGAUGGAAGAGGCAGGGAGCUGAGCCUUCAUUUCUCUUGUCCCUAAUUCCAAGAGAAAAGUGGUAACAUUUCUUUUUUGUCAUAUUUGUUAAGGUAUUGGUGUGUUUCUUUAAUGGAUUCUUUUGAGUUUAUUCUUUUCAUGUUUAAUCGAAGCUUCAGUCUCCCUUACUCCAAGAUCCUGCUUUAUCCUCCUCCUUCCCGACACUCCUCACCAGCUUCAGUGCUUCUUAUUUCCUUUCCCUGUUCUUCUGGCCCCCUUAUGGGAUGAUUUUUCGGAGAAAGUUACAUAUCAUGAAAACUGGACUAUUGAAUUAACAUCUAAGAUGAUCCAGUUUUUUCUCUUAAAGCUGCCCUUUUCCACUUUAAUGUUUCUACCUGGGUUUCAUGUUGGUAUCCCCUGGGCUGCAUUUAUUUUGUUCUAUAACCUUUAUUUUCACGAAGCAUGGUUUUGGCCUGGAGUUCAAGUGUGUGAAUGGAAAACAAAGCUGGAUGCUUUUCUGGUCUUCUGUUGUGCAUAUGGGCUUCCAUAACAAAUUAUGUUUAUUUAGCAGUUUUUGGUGGGUACCUGUGUUGGUAAAUAGAAGAUCUAAUAGGCAAACUUCAGUUCGCAGAGCAGAGGAAAUGGAUCACGAGGCUCAGUUAUUCAGUUUUAUCCCAUCACAUUCUCUUCAAUCAAUCCAUCCCACAAAGCUAACUUAUUUUCUAACUCCUCCAUUUUGUUGAGUAUGUCUUCAAGGUGAUAUUUGGUUGGUAUGCUCCUUAUAUGUUUAUGACUGUGGAAAUAUGUGAUAAUAAUAAUACUAAGAAUCUUUUAAGAAUUACUUUAUUACAUUAGUUCCCUUUAUCUUGGAGAAUUUGUAAUUCGAGGUAUUUUUUGAGGUAAGGCUCACUCAUUUUAGGUGGCUGAUCACUUAUAAAUGGAUACUAUGUAAGGAGAAGUCAAUACUUUUAAAAACAUGGCAAAAUUUAAGAGUUAGGCAGCAGAGAAAAAACAGUUUUCUUAUUUACCCACCAGAAAAUUUAGCUGAGAGUUGAAUUAAGGGUUGAAUUAAAUUAUUCUAUUUUUCAGUGAAAUGCAAUCUUACAAAUCAGUUUUUGCAAUCGGGGAAAAGCUGUACUUGUUUCUAGAACAACUGAACACCUGUUGUUUUUCUUAUCCUAGGGCAGAGGUUCAGUAUUCACUGGGGGAGAAGAAGGCAAUAAUUAACUUUGUUAUUCUUUUCCAUUAACUUUUCAAAUUUGUUAUUUGAGUAUCUUUAAAGGCUCAGGAGGAUUUUUUUUCCUUCAGUGUGAGGCAUCUUAGGCAUGAUCUAAAAAGGUGUCCUUAAUGAUGCUUCCUUUUACUCUGAGCAGCAGUUACCCAUGUUUUAGUCAUUUCAGGCUGAAUCAGUCUGGCCCCCCAAAUUUAUGUGGUGUCCAGACACGUCUAGAUGAGCUGGAAGUUUGUGACUACCCUGGAAGGUGCCCCAGCUGGUGUAACUCAAGUGGGUCCUACUCUGGACAGAGCUCCUUCACAGAACAGUAGCUUCCAAAGGACUCAGCACUGUUUGGUCUUCAAAGCGGAGUUUUCUUUCUGGAGUUUGUCUAUAGGCUAGUAGCAAAUACUGCUGUCAAAAGUCACAUGUAACUGGAAGUGAGACAAAAUUGUCCUUGAUUCUUCUGGCCUGUUUCUCUAAUGCCUAUACCUGUGGAAAGUUCAUACUAUAAGGAUAGUUCUCAUAGGAGGGUAGAGUCUCCAGUUUUACCACAUGAUUUGCUAACCUUCUGCUUACUAAAAGCCAUUACUUAUCACUCAAAUAUCGUUAGACUUCACCAUAGUUAAAAUCUGCUUGAUGUAAAACAACUUGUAUAUCUUUCUGGUUAAUAUAUUAUAUAAGCAUAGGAGAAUAUCUGUCAGAAAUUUACUGUUUAAAACAUACAGAUAGGAGGAACUGCUUUUUAAAGUUUUGUUCUUAUAGUCAUUUAAGAAAGAACAAGUUGAAGGAACUAUUGGUUAAAGAAGUCAAAUUAUUUAAAUCAGACCUUGUGUAUGAAUGCUUGCGUGUGUAUGUAAUUUAUUGAAGAAAAUGUUUCAAUUUGAGAAUCGGAAAAUUGGAUAUUUAAUUUAAAUUAUAUUUUUAUUUAUUUAAAAAGUAGAGGUGUUCUUUCAUUACUGAUUUAAUUCUUUCAUCCCAGAAAAUGACUUAAUUUGCCCUGUCUUUUUUGGUUAGAUACAGGGAAACACCUUAAAUCUGUGAUAACUUCUAAAUUAUAUAAUUUUAAGAGUCUAUCCUCUUAUAUAAAAUAUAAGAAGAAAAGAAAUUGGCUAGAAAACAUUUCACCUUUUUUGCUGUAAAAUUUUUAAUGGGUUUGUGAUAUGACAGUAUAAAUUUUCUUACUAGAUGCUAAUAAAUUUUAUCUGUAUUAGGAAUUAAAUAUAAAUUGGGGAUAAUUAAGUUGAUCUACUCUCUUGCUCAUAUCUGAGAUCUUGUGAUAUACCAUUCCUUUUUGAAUUAUGGCAUUUCCCCAUUUUUGAGUGUUAAACUUGUACUCAUAACGCUUAUUUUAAAAGUUUUAUAUUGUAAAUAUUUGACUUAAUAUAAAUUAUUUUUAUGCAAGAUAAAAGAUGUAGAGUCUUAUUUUACUUCAUCUUAAAAAUGCACAGGAGAAUAACUGACUAGGUAAGGAAUGUGGAUAAAGCUUUUCCUCCCUUUUUUUCCUUUUAAAUUUAAAUACACCAGGAAAUUGACAUCAAAACCAGAUCCAAGGACAUCCACAGAUGUUACAGUUCAGUUUUAGUUACAAAAGUGGAGAGAUUUUUUAAAAGGUCUUAUAGGGUCCACUUUUAUUUUCUUGAUGAAAUGGUAACUAGAUAUGUAGUUAAUCAGAGUUUAUGUUUGGAGGCUUGGGAAGAAUUGAACUUUGAUCCUAAAUACCUGGAGAGUGAAACUGAGCUCAUUUCAUUUAACACUUAAUGUGUCUACUAACAUGGAAAACUUGUUAGUAGAGAAAAAUUAUGUUUAUAUGCAGAUAUAAAAUGUCUAAAUUAAUCUACAAUGAACAAAGGCUAAUGAAGGAGAAUUUGUGCAUCUACAUGGCAGUUUUUCUUGAAUUAAAGGAAAAAACCAAUUUUUUUUUAAUUAAAGGAAGCACACUCCGAGGAAGGGUUGGACUGAGAAACAGUACCCUGAAUAAUACAGAAAUGAAGAAAAGUGUCAUUGGGUAAUAGAGAACUUUGUCCUGCUCAUAGAUCCCCGAAGAAUCCCUGUCCCCUACCCCCAACCUCCUGCUAGAAUGUUGGGGUUCUAAGAAUGAGCAGAUUAACGGAUAUCAGGAGUAGUGUGGCCUGGGCUGAGGAUAAGGAUAAUUUGCCAGAGAUAAAUACUGGCCAAAUCAUUUAUAGGCUUUGUAUUUGGUGUAUAUCUCUAUGAGGGGAAAGGGAAUUUAGCCAAGGAGCAUUAAAGCUGUUGCUGUUCGAAGUUAUACAGUAAGGAAACUACCGAAGGCCAAGAGAAGCAGGAAUAUUAGCACACCCCAAAGUCUGUAAGACUCAGAGUUGGGCAGCAGUCACCCAUAACGGAGCCAGCAUAGAUCUGAGGCUAAUACCUAAGUCUCUGAGGUUCAGCACGCCAGGGUGAGCUGCUGCUAGUGGACAGGGCCUUACAUCAUCAACAGAUCCACAAGGGCCAUGUCAGUGGCGGCCGCUGUGAGCGACUCUGCCUCCUUCUUGACUUCUCUAUGGAAAAACCAAGUGACCUUGAAAGAGGGUAAGAUAAAGUUUCAGUCUUGGAGUCAGAGGAAGAGGGACUUGAAGCUGGAGCCAGUGCCAGGAUCUUCAUGUGUCUGGUCGGGGAUUGUGUUGCUGCUGGUGAUUAUUCUGCCAAGCAUGUACUGUGACCUGGGAUCAGUAUAUUACUCCUCCUAUGAAAUCGUCAUCCCCAAGAGUAUGACGGCUGAGGGAAGCGAUGCCCCAGUGGAAAAGGCAUCCUACGUGAUAUUUAUGCAGGGCCAGAAGCAGCUGAUUCACCUGACGGUGAAGAGAGACUACUUCGUGACGAGCUUUCCAGUCUUCAGCUACCACGGUGGCAUUCUGAGGCAAGAAAUGCCUUUCCUCCCGCACGACUGUCACUAUGAAGGCUACAUACAAGGAGUCCCAGGUUCUUUUGUUUCUGUCAACACCUGUUCAGGCCUGAGGGGCAUCCUCGUUAAGGAGGCAAAAUCCUACGGCAUUGAGCCCGUGAACUCUUCAAAACGGUUUGAACACGUGCUGUACACCGUGGCACAUCGAGCUCGAGUCUCCUGCAGUGUCCCUUCCAGAGACAACCCAGUGGUGUUUAGCAGCCGGCGACAAGGGAGCAGGAAGCCUGGCAGUGUACAGGCGCCAUCCUACCUGUGGUCGCACACCAAGUACGUGGAGAUGUUCGUCGUGGUCAACAACCAGCGGUUCCAAAUGUGGGGCAGUAACGUCAAUGACACGGUCCAGAGAGUGGCGGACAUCGUUGCUCUGGCCAACAGCUUCACUAGGGGAAUUAACACACAGGUGCUGCUGGCUGGAAUGGAGAUUUGGAGCGAGGGGGACCUCGUAGAGGUCCCAGUGGACCUGCAAGUUACACUCAGCAAUUUCAAUAGCUGGAGACAGGAGAAGCUCCUCCGUCGCGUGAAGCACGAUGUCGCCCACAUGAUUGUUGGACAACGUCCUGCGGAGGGCAUGGGGCAGGCAUUUCUCAGUGGUGCCUGUUCAAGUGGCUUUGCAGCAGCUGUCGAAUCCUUCCAUCACGAAGAUGUCCUCCUGUCUGCGGCGCUCAUGGUCCAUGAGCUCGGGCACAACUUGGGUAUUCAGCACGACCACUCGGCCUGCAUUUGUCAAGACAGACACUUUUGCCUCAUGCAUGAAAAUAUCUCUAAGGAAAGUGGCUUCAGCAACUGCAGCUCUGACUACUACUACCAGUUCCUCCGGGAACACAAAGGGGCCUGCCUAUUUAACAACCCUCAGCACAAAGGCCGGCUGCGUAGGAAUGCUGUGUGUGGAAAUGGUGUGGUGGAGGACGAUGAGCAGUGUGACUGUGGCACUGAGUGUUUGAAUUCCCCGUGCUGUGACCAAACGUGUAGGCUGAAGGGGAAUGCGGACUGUAGUGGCGGACUCUGCUGUAUCGGUUGCCAACUGAGAAUUAAGGGAUUCACGUGCCGUCCUGCUGUGGGAGAGUGUGACCUCCCAGAGUAUUGUGAUGGUUUCUCUGGAGAAUGCCCCGCAGACAGCUAUAAGCAAGAUGGCACGUCGUGUGAUAGAGCUCACUAUUGCGCUGCCGGUCGGUGUAAGAACGCUGAUAAUCAAUGCCUGGAAAUAUAUGGUUACCCUGCAAGGUCUGCCCCCGAAGCCUGUUAUAUUUUAAUGAACGGCAAAGGGGACCGGUUUGGAAACUGUGGCCGUCCCACUUCGGCAACGUCGGGAUACGUUAAGUGUUUCGACGAGAAUAUAUUUUGUGGGAAAAUUAUAUGUACAGACAUUUCAGAGUUGUCAGAAAUCAAACCCUAUCACACACUGAUUCAGGUUCCUCAUGGCAUUGGCCACUGCUGGAGCAUGGAUGCCUACAACACUGCUGAUAUCUCUGAUGAGGGAGAUGUCCACACUGGCACUCUCUGUGCCCCUAACAAAGUCUGCAUGAAUUACUCCUGCACUGAUUAUACCGUGCUCAACUAUGACUGCGACCCAGAAGUAAUGUGUAAUGGGAAAGGAACUUGCAACAAUUUAAGGCACUGCCAUUGUGAAGCUGGCUAUGCGCCCCCUGACUGCAAAUAUCCAGGUGAUGGGGGUAGUGUAGACAGUGGUCCUCCUGGCAAACUAGAUGAUGGAGAUACCAAUGCAGAUGGAAGUGGUGGACCUGUUAAACGUGACACUGAGUAUCAAAGUUAUCGUAUUUUAAUUUUCAUAUUUCCUGCAUUUCUUAUACUAUUAUUGUUAGUAAUAAUGUGUUUCAUUAGCCUCCAUGCCGGAAUUGAGUCAGUAGAGACCCCAGGGGGCUCUUCAGAGGAGAGUUCAGAGGAAAAGACUAUUGAAACAUCGGAGGCAGAAAUGGAAGAAAAUGAGGCCAUAGAGGAGGUCCAACCAGAGGAGACCCCACCACUAGAAGAGGUCCCAUCACCAGAGGAGGCCCAGUUACCGGAGGAGGCCCAGUCACCGGAGGAGGCCCAGUCACCGGAGGGGGCCACGCCUCCGGAGGGGGCCACACCUCCGGAGGGGGCUCCACCUCCAGAAGCACCACCACCAGACUCCCUGCCACCAGAAGAACCACCACCAGACUCCUCGCCACCAGAGGCCUCAUAAGAGCCAUAAGAAGUAGCAGGUGAAGGACCAAAGGCAGAAGAGUAGUGAUGGUAAAAGCCAAAUAAUAUCAAGUACCUCAAGCAGUUAGUGGGAAUAAGAGGCUUAGAGAAAGAAAAACAAAGUGAGAAUCGAUAGCUCCAGUGGAUCAGACAGGACUAGAUAGUCUACAGAAACAUACUAAUGUGGGAGGAGAGAACUACAACUUUCAAUAUUUAAGUAAUUUGAUUAUAUAUUCACAUGUGAAAUUGGACAUAAAAUAUUCUAUAUUUUUCCCCAUUUUAUGAAAAUAAGCUUUUCGCAUGGAUCAUUGCUAUCAAUGUCUUGUCUCCUUUAGAACAAUUUUUUAUUUGAAAUUAUUUUUGAGGGCAUACCACAUUCCAUCUGCAUUCUUUCAUAAUGUAUUAUCUGUACCUGUAUUACUAGGAUAUAUUCCCCCCAGUGACAGCAAUACUUUAUUUUAACAACAUUAUCUACUCAGUACUCUAAUUUUCCCUAAAAGUUUCUAUUCAUGAACUAGAGAUAAUUUAAAACAAAUAAAAUGUUAUUUUCAAAUGAAGCAUCA